CUUGAAAAUGCAAUUUACCAGGGACAUAUUAAAUCUUACAACUAUAAUAGUUUCUCUAUCUUUGAAAAAAUCGGUGAUGGUGAAUUCGGAACAGUGCACAGAUCAAAGUUAAAAGUUGGAUUAAUAAUUGCUCUUAAAAAAUUAAAAGUUCCUUUGCCUAGCUCUUG